UUCGUGUUAAAACUCCAUAAUGCGGCGUUACAUUCGUGCGCUAAUGUUGUGCACAGUGUUUGCCGUCUUUUCGGGUUUGUAUGUUUACAGUAAGCUGCUUUACUCGGACGUGCCGGUCGGAGGAAAUGGACCGAAGAGGGUUUUCAUCCCACCGAGAGUCCCCGGAGGCAGGCGAGGGGCAGCGGACAAAAGUGGGCCCCGAAGCCCGCACUGGUAUAACAGAUACAUCAUGCGUCAGCAGGGCCAGGUGGAGGCGGGUGGUGGCGGCCUUCAGAGCAGACCUGAAACUCCCAUGCACCUGGCUGUGGUGGCCUGUGGGGAGAGGCUGGAGGAGACUCUCACCAUGAUCAAGUCUGCUGUGCUUUUCAGCAUCAAGCGCCUCCACCUGCACAUCUUUGCUGAAGAUCAGCUGCACGCUGGCUUCAUGGAAGCUUUGGAGUCUUGGCCUGGUUUUAUUCGCUCCAAAUUCAACUACACAGUGUACUCCAUCAGCUUCCCCAGUGAGAACGCAGCCGAGUGGAAGAAACUCUUCAAACCCUGCGCCUCUCAGAGGCUCUUCUUACCUCUCAUCCUAAAGGACGUUGACUCGAUCGUGUACGUCGACUCAGACAUCCUCUUCCUGCAGCCCGUAGACCGCCUGUGGGCCUUCUUGUCUCAGUUAAAUUCCUCCCAGCUGGCCGCUAUGGCCCCAGAGCACGAGGAGCCCCGGAUCGCCUGGUACAACCGCUUUGCCCGCCACCCCUUCUACGGCAGGACGGGCAUCAACUCAGGGGUCAUGCUCAUGAACAUGACAAGGAUGAGAAGCGUGUUCUUUAAGAAUGAUAUGACGUCUGUGGGGCUGCGUUGGGAGGAGCUGCUCAUGCCUCUACUUCAGAAAUAUAAACUCAACAUAACCUGGGGAGACCAGGACCUCCUCAAUAUCAUCUUCCACCAAAACCCUGAGUGCCUGCUGGAGUUCCCGUGCCAGUGGAAUUAUCGUCCAGACCACUGUAUCUAUGGCAGUAAUUGUGCAUCAGCAGAAGAAGAUGGCAUCUACAUACUGCAUGGAAACAGAGGGGUUUACCACGACCACAAACAGCCUGCGUUCAGGGCUGUUUAUGAGGCCAUACGAAAGUACUCUUUUGGUGCCGACCCGGUGACUUCUUUGCUGGAUCCUUUAGAGAAGGAGCUGUUGAACACGACACACACUUAUUGUGGUAAAACCCACCCGCUCUUCACCAGGAAACUGGCACACAGCCUGGCAAACAUCAACAGGAAGGCCUCACAUGGACGGUGACAAAAAUGAAUCACACUGAUGGGACAGAGGCCAAAAGGAGAGAGACUGAGCCUUUGGUCUGACUUUUACAAGCAAGAACAGUGCUAAUUAUGACUGGCCAGACAAACCUCUUAUGCAUGAGCAAAAAACGAUUCAUGAUCCGAUCUCGCCUUUGCCUUCUUACCUGGUGUUUUUGAUGCGCUCUCGUUACCCUCGUUGAGAUCAGACGUCUGUCCUCCAGAGCAAACCCUGCACAUGAGACAUUGGAGGUGGCACCAAAUCAGCCCCAGACUCCCUUUAAUAAAAUCACAGAAUUUUGUGAGUUGAUGAGCUUGAAAAAACUUUAUCAACUUUGUGAACACGCUCUAAUUAUUUGUCCCCUCUUGUAAAUUCGGAAAGUUUAAUACCUGAAGUUAUUCCUCACAGUUUGCCCCAGUGUGUUGACUACUAUGCGACCUGAUAAAUUAUUUGCCUUGUUUUUCCUCAUCCAGAUAACAUGUCCUUUUAUCACUUCAAUCAGGUGUAAAUGGGGUCAAACUGUUCAAACAAAGUGAACACAAAAUGUCUGAAGAUGCGGACAGCUUUGUGGACAGCUAAUGAGUGCAGCUUCUCCAUUAUUUGUUGAACAGCUGCUUAAAGCUGAAUAAGACAGUUGGGAUUGUCUCAGACUGAGACUAAUAAGUGCUCGCCUCUCGUAAAUUGCUCUGGAUAAGAGCGUGAUGUAAAUGCCUGAAAUCGACUGUAAAUGUUUCAAAGGCAAGGCGGCCUGUAGCAAAGUACUGAACUUAGCAGAGAAGAAUAUUUACGACACAUUUAACAAGCCAACAAGCAUCUAGCCUGUUCUAGCCUAGCCUGGGCUUUUGGUUACUAACUAAAGGUGAAUAUUCAUCAUGGUGCAGGAGAUUAAAGUUUGGAAGCACAGCUCUUGACUUUCCAUAUUGGAGAAUUUAUUGAACCUUGUGAAACACUCUUAUUAAAAGAGACAAAAAUCAUGCCAGAACUUGAAAGAGGCUUUCAACAGGGCCUGUAUUUGAGAGACGUUUGCACUGGACCACUUUCAACCACCAGAAACCACUUCAUUACCAGCAAGAUGGAGAAGUCAUUUCAGAGACCAUGCAAGGAAAAAUGGUAAUUAGUGAAUUAAGACAACAGUGUGAUAAUGUGAAUGAUUGCUGGAACAGUUCUUCAUAUGUGAUUUUCAACAGUGGCAGGGGUUGUGUAUUUGAAACCUGUAUCAGAGGACUGUUUUUCUGAGUAAAUGUUUGUCCUCUUGUAUGUAAGUUCUUCUAUGUAAUAAUAAUUUUACCCCAAGCUAAUUGGGGUGAUCGACGUAGUGCAUUGUUCACACAUCCUUUUUUUUAAAAGGAAUUGUCUAUUGUCUAGACACGCAGAUACGCUAAAACUCCAGUGUCAUAGUUGAUUAUACACAGUACAGCCAGCACACAUUGCUCCUGAACAUGUGAAUAAGCUACAAGUUUGUCUCCUGAUGCCAAAGUAUUUCUUUUAAUGACUAUGAGUUUUGCACUGUUGAAUGUAUGACGAACACUUAGGGUUGAAAUCAAAAUGUUAGUAUUAGUGCUUAUGUUAGUAUGGUUGUGAUGUGUUUACUUGUUUAUAUGUCAGUGUGUUGAAAGUAAAAUUACAGUGGUUGUUUUUUUUUGUUUUUGUUUUUUUUACAUUAAAGAUCAUU